AUGGACUUUGAUCGCAAUAAAGUUGGACGAGUGGUAAAAGAAGAUAGAUUGAGCAGCUUACCAGAUGAGCUUAUUCAUAAAAUCCUGUCUUCUUUUGACAUGAAAUUUGUUGUUCAAACAUGUUUGUUUUCAUCGAGAUGGAAGCUUCUAUGGACAUCAAUGCCUUGUGUUAACUUGUCAAGUAGGGAGUUUAGCUGUUUACCAAUGUUUGCCAAAUUUGUGAAUCAUGUUUUGUCUUGCCGCAACCAUCAAGUAGAAGUGUCGUCUGUAAAGCUACAUUUCAGUGGAGCAGCUAGUCAGGUUUCCGUGAGAAAAGAUUGCAACAUAUGCAUUUUCUCACAAUGUCCAACAACUAACUGUCACUAG